UUUCUCAUUAAAGGUGUGUAAGGUGUGUUCUUGUGAAUGCCAUGGUCAGAAUUAAAAAAAAGUGAAACUACUGCAUUGUUAUUGUUUACCGAUAAGCGAUGGACAAUUAUUUAAAAAAUCCUUGAUCUUGUGAUUGCUUUUAUCGAGGAAAAAAGAAAUUGAUAUGUUGGUAUUAAAGUCUUAAUAAUUUUGUUGUUGUUUGCAUGAAAAAAAGUAAAUUCGUUUCGUCCAGGUUAUUAUGUUUGCCUGGGUGUCGAUGUGAUUGCUGAUUGUAACAAAGUAGGAAAAAAGUUUGUGCUCACAAAAAAACAUCGUAGAUGUCGCAGUCGUAAUUAGCAAUUUUUUUCACAUGCUACUAAUUGUGAGAGAGUAAAAAAAAUUGAACAGUAAUAACUACAACUUGUUACGAAUACUGUAUCUUCAUAUGUGUUAUGUUAUCAUUGUUGCACCAACUUUUUUUUUUAAAUCUAUGGAUCUCCAUAAGUGUAUGCUUGUGUGUGAGGGCAUUACUGGCUACUUGCAGUAUACAGGGCGAUGUGUAAAUAAAUAAACAAGAAGUAAAGUAGGAAAAUCGAAAAGAAAUUAACUGUUACUGCAAAACCACCUCUGUUUGUAGUCAUAUGAGAAUAAUUUAAAUGAGCGAGUCUGAAGCCACCUCGAAUCAUAGUCAUCUGAGAGUAAUUAAAUGAGCGGGCCUGAAAACCGCCUCCAUUCGUAGUUAUAUGAGAGUAAUUAAUUGAGGGAGAGUAAUUAAAUGUAGGUCCUUAAGCGUGGGUUCGAGCAGCUUUUCGUUACCUUCGAAGACAGGCAUGCUUCUAAGAAUGCGAUAAGCAUUUCUUUUUAGUUGACAUCCAAAUAGUAAUUUAUUCUCGUGCAUUAAUCUUUAUUGUGCGUUUGCUAAAUUCCUCUUUGCCAGAGCUAUACCCACACACACACAUUCGUGCGCGUACAAGUUUUGUAUAUAAGUGCUGAUUGGAUUUUCACAUCUACUCUUACUUCCCCCCUUCUUUGCUAAACAUUUUUGCAGUUAAAUAAUUUUCAAGGUCUAACAAGCGGCUACCGGCACCGCAACGACUAUCAACAUAACUAUUACUAAUGCUUGUUGCUAUUUACUUCCCCGCCUUGAAUACAGUAUUCAACGACUAUGUUAACAACUUCCAUACAACAUAAUCUUCAUAUAAAAUUUAAAAAACAAAAAUAUAUAUGAAUGAAGAAAAGAGAAUCAAAACGUUUAAUAACACACAAUCAUAAAUAAAUGAAUUCACGUAAAUAACUGAAAGGCGUGACAGCAAAUUGAAACCAUUUUGCAAUAACAUCAACCAAUAUCAAUAUCAAGCAGAACAACAAGCGCAUAACCAGUACCAAACCAGCUUCGUCUUAAAUAGUCAAUCAGCCAGUUAACUUCAAUCGAGUUCAAUACAACCAUCAAUCAUUGCGGCUCUCAUUCAUUCAGUCAUUGUAAAUAAACGGUUCAUUGAUCGCAAUUUCAAAUGCUAACCGUUGCCUUUCAAAGAGCAACAAGAGCUGCUGCGCUGCUACUAAUAUAAUAUAUCCAUGAUCUUGGUUAUGAUGUGGAUGUUACAACAAUUGCAACAGCAAAAACAAAAACAACAACAACAACAACAACAACAGCAACAAAAGCAGCAAAAACAGCAACAACAAUAUUAUAAAAAAUAUUAUUACAAGAAUAUAACUCAUACAAUAUCGUGAUAAAUUUGCAAGAAAACGAGAAAAAGCGCCUCGCUCGUUAGCUCCCAGCAAAUUACAUUUAAGGAGAAAAUAUUUUUACAGCACAACACAACAAUACUGUACAUAAACAUUAAACAAUAUAAGAUUAUCAGCACCACCAUCAUGACCAGUUUAAGUUUCACGCGAAAACUGCGCGGCCGUAUGCGCUCAAAUACCUGCCGUAUUGUUUUACUCACCUCCCUCGUUUGGGUAAUAGUGGACGUUGUAUUAAUAGCGCAUUAUUCAGACUGUAUAGGCAAAGAUGGUUGGCGUUGUAAACGUACCGGAGAAUAUGAUUUGGCGUUACCUGAACCUCAAAAGCAGAUCGAUCAGAAUAUGGUGGAUGAUAAUGAGAUUAAUACAGAAAAGAAUUUGGAUAGCGAUGGUAUUCCUGUGGGGCAAGUGGGUGGCGGUUUCAUACGGGGUGGUGUAUCGCAAACAUAUCGUAGUACGGUGUUGCAUAAAUGGUAUUCAGCACCCACAAUAGGAGAACAAAGAGGGAAGCCCGGCGAAAUGGGUAAACCGGUUAAAAUGCCAAACGAAAUGAAAGAGAUGGCGAAAGAGAAAUUUAAAGAGAAUCAAUUCAAUUUGGUGGCAAGUGAUAUGAUCUCACUGAAUCGGUCACUAACCGAUGUACGGCACGACAAAUGUAGAGACAAAUCUUAUCCCUCCAAGCUGCCCACCACUUCCAUAGUUAUCGUAUUCCAUAACGAAGCCUGGUCGACGCUAUUGCGUACUGUAUGGAGUGUGAUUAAUCGUUCACCUAGAGCGCUGUUAAAAGAAAUCAUUUUAGUAGAUGACGCUAGCGAAAGAGAUUACUUAGGCACAAAAUUAGAAGAUUAUGUGGCCACUUUGCCGGUAAAAACAUUUGUGUUGCGCACAUAUAAACGUUCCGGUUUAAUACGUGCCCGUCUCUUGGGUGCUAAGCAUGUAACGGGUGAUGUAAUAACAUUCUUGGACGCCCAUUGUGAGUGCACGGAGGGAUGGUUGGAGCCAUUGCUGGCACGGAUUGUGCAAAAUCGUCGUACGGUGGUGUGUCCUGUAAUCGAUGUAAUAUCCGACGAAACAUUUGAAUAUAUAACAGCCUCUGAUUCAACGUGGGGUGGUUUCAACUGGAAACUUAAUUUUAGAUGGUAUCGUGUUCCUCAGAGAGAAAUGGAGAGACGCAAUAACGAUCGAACGGCACCUUUGCGUACACCUACCAUGGCCGGUGGUUUGUUUUCAAUAGAUAAGGAGUAUUUUUAUGAAUUAGGUUCCUAUGAUGAAGGUAUGGAUAUUUGGGGUGGUGAAAAUCUGGAAAUGUCAUUUCGGAUUUGGCAAUGUGGAGGCAUAUUAGAAAUCAUACCCUGUUCGCACGUGGGUCACGUAUUCCGUGACAAAUCCCCUUACACUUUUCCUGGCGGCGUGGCCAAAAUUGUGCUGCACAAUGCAGCACGCGUGGCCGAAGUCUGGCUUGAUGAAUGGCGUGAUUUUUAUUAUGCCAUGAGCACAGGAGCCCGUAAAGCUUCAGCUGGCGAUGUGAGCGAACGUAAAUCUUUACGUGAACGUUUGAACUGUAAAAGUUUCCGUUGGUAUUUGGAAAAUAUCUACCCUGAGAGUUUAAUGCCAUUGGAUUAUUAUUAUUUAGGAGAAAUACGUAAUGCUGAGACGGAGACAUGUUUAGAUACAAUGGGUCGUAAAUACGGUGAGAAGAUCGGUGUCAGUUAUUGCCAUGGCCUGGGUGGCAAUCAAGUAUUCGCUUAUACGAAACGCCAGCAAAUCAUGUCAGAUGAUCUGUGCUUAGACGCCUCACAUUCAAUGGGGCCGGUCAAUAUGGUGCGUUGUCAUAAUAUGGGUGGAAAUCAGGAAUGGGUGUACAAUAAUGAGUAUAAAUCAAUACGCCAUUCAAACACGGGGCACUGCUUAGAGCGGCCUUCUCGCGAAGAUCCCACCACACCACUGCUGCGUCCCUGCAAUUUCAAUCGGGGGCAACAAUGGCUAAUGGAAUCAAAAUUUAAAUGGCAAGCUCAUUAG